AUGUCCUGCUGGCGAUCCUGCUGCGGUAACUUCUGGGGCAGCAGCAGCCCCGCCCCAUCUGAGAUAGGCAGCCACCGCACUAUGGCUUCCAAGGCAUCGACUGCAUCUACGCAGUCUUGGGAGGAGGAGGCCGUCGAGGUAGAGGCUGCCGAAGAGCCUGAGGAGCAACCGAACUUCCAGCCUCAUAGCGAGGCCAAUGCAGAUCUUCUUGCCAAGAAGUGGAUCACUCAUGUGCAGAAAAGAGCGGCCAAGGUCUGGGAAAGGGAGCAGGUUCUCAGUCUUCUUCGGACCAUAGCGCUAAGCAUAAGCUUUACAGACGAUCCCAUUCUUGGGGAUCCGUCCCCCACCGCCCCUUGCGUGCUGUGGCACGGGGACACUUCGCUGGAGCAGGGCCUUCCCGUUAUUCAAGUGAAGAAAAGUGGUCAGGACACGACAGUCCCCAGUUACACGGCAGCUGGGCAACUCAGCAUGAACUGCGGGAACUCGCAAUGCAUUCGGUUGUCUCAUUUUGUGGGAUAUACACCGCAGUGGGCGGCCAAGUACCAACCCCCUCCCAAGGCCAAGGCGCAAGCCAAAGCUAAAGCCAAAGCAAAGGCUCCACCCAAGAAGGCAUAG